CUUCUGCAACCCCCUAAGAGCCAUAUAACGAGAGUCUAUUGUAAAUAUAAAACAUACAAUAAUGUUCUUUUUAUAGACAUAGAAAUUAUAAUUGACAUUUGUAUUAAGGUUAAAGAACCUGGCUGUACCUUAGACAAAAUUUCUGGUUACGUCAACGAUAUAAAAAUAGUUUCACACCUUAUUUAUUGUUUGCAGAUAUUACUACACAGUCCUUUUGAUUAUCCGGACGAUAAUGCAGCAAACUCAAUAAUACCGGUUAAUACGUAUUCAUUUCUAAUUGUUCAGCCAGGCGAAACGUAUUCCACGAAUAACGUUAGAAAGAUGUCUUCAAGAGGUUGCAUAUUUAACGACGAACCAGCUGCAUUAGACCAUAUUGAUAAAGAAAAAUAUUUCAUUCCAGCAAGAUAUUCACUUAUAAAUUGCUUGGUAGAAUGCCGAGCUAAUGUAAUUAAUAUGAAAUGUGGAUGUAUUCCAUACUAUUAUCCGCAAAGCAGUUAGUUCACUUUGACAUG